AUGGAGAAGAUCUGGCAUCACACCUUCUACAAUGAACUCCGCGUUGCUCCAGAGGAACACCCAGUCCUUCUGACUGAGGCCCCACUGAAUCCCAAAGCAAACCGUGAGAAGAUGACCACCAUCAUGUUUGAGACCUUCAACUGCCCAGCCAUGUACGUCGCUAUUCAGGCCGUCCUGUCACUGUAUGCCUCUGGUCGCACCACCGGCAUUGUCCUGGACUCGGGCGAUGGCGUCAGCCACACUGUCCCCAUUUACGAGGGUUAUGCCCUACCCCACGCCAUCCUACGUCUUGAUCUGGCUGGUCGUGAUCUCACUGACUACCUCAUGAAGAUCCUCACAGAGCGUGGUUACAGUUUCACCACCACCGCCGAACGAGAAAUCGUACGUGACGUCAAGGAGAAGCUUUGUUACGUGGCACUUGACUUUGAGAACGAGAUGGCAACUGCGGCCUCGAGCUCUUCUCUCGAGAAGACCUACGAACUUCCCGAUGGUCAGGUGAUCACAGUGGGUAACGAGCGAUUCCGCUGUCCCGAGGCCCUCUUCCAACCUAGCUUCUUAGGUCAGGAGAGUGUGGGAAUUCAUGAGACCACCUACAACUCCAUCAUGAAGUGUGAUCUGGAUAUCAGGAAGGACCUGUACUCCAACAUUGUCCUGUCGGGCGGUUCAACCAUGUACCCGGGCAUUGCUGACAGGAUGAACAAGGAGCUCACUUCGCUUGCCCCGUCAUCAAUGAAGAUCAAAAUCAUUGCUCCACCGGAGCGCAAGUACUCAGUUUGGAUCGGUGGUUCGAUUUUGGGCUCUCUGUCCACCUUCCAGCAGAUGUGGAUCACGAAGCAGGAGUAUGACGAAUCCGGCCCACAAAUCGUUCACCGCAAAUGCUUCUAA